AUGAGCCCCGAAGAGGUCGGCUUGGAGUCUGGAGGCACUCGCACAAAGCUACCAGGAGAAGAGCCAACAUCAUCUCGCCGUUCCGCUCUUCUUCCAGGCCCUGAGGCUCUGCCAAGAUCCUUGCCAUAUCGCCAUCUUGACUUCGCAGACCACCCGCUCAUUCCGCGCGGCGAUGCACCCGUUCACGCCAUGAUGGAGGAAUCCAAGGCCUGGGUCUCUGCAGCCGAGCAGCGUGCGUCCUACCUCGCGGCCGCUCAGCGGUGGGCACAAAACGCCAUCGACCACGCAUCAGAGACACAGGGCGAGAAGCGGACGCCGGAGUGCGACCAAGCCUGCGCCGUCGCGCUGUCCAACCUAGGUUCUGUGCUGGCGAUGCUGGGCAAGAACACGGAAGCGCGCGAAAAGUUCGAGCAGGCGGUUACGUUGAGCAAGAAGCUGGGGUUUGAAGACUACGCAGCUGCAGCCGAUGCCAGGUUACAAGAACUUCCCAAGGCAUGA